AUGCAAGUUUGCUUUUUUCUCACUGCAUGCAAAUCCGAGCUUUUGGAGUCUACGAACUUCUGGAAGUCGUUUUCGGCAAAAAGUGAUAGUCAGUUAGCGAAGGGUCUGACGAAUGAGGCUGAGUCUUCUAGUCCAACUCGUUCAACUUCAGUAGUGUCACCUUUGAAAUGUGGGGCCGGGCAUUGCCGUGAAGGAGCACCAGGCCUAUUCUCUUCACUAACGCCAAGCGAAGAUGUUGGAGCUUCCGGUGCAUUUCGUCCAGUUCUAUGCGGUACUUCUCUGUAG